CCUGGCCACGCUUAUAGGGAAAACACGGUUGGCCUUCACCGCUUCUGCCCCGCAGAAAAUAUCGCAAAGAUUGACCGGGAGGUGCUCCACUCGUAUCUGAGGAACUACUACACCCCCGAUCGCAUGGUUCUGGCCGGGGUGGGCGUGGAGCACGCGCACCUGGUAGAAUGUGCCAGAAGGCACCUCCUGGGAGCCCGGCCGGCCUGGGGAAGCGAGGGGGUUGCAGACGUUGAUAGAUCCGUGGCACAGUACACUGGGGGCGCUGUCAAGCUAGAAAAAGACAUGUCCAACGUCAGCCUGGGCCCAGCACCGUUCCCCGAGCUCACACACAUCAUGAUAGGACUGGAGAGCUGUUCUUUCUUGGAGGAAGACUUCAUCCCCUUUGCCGUGCUGAACAUGAUGAUGGGAGGUGGGGGCUCCUUCUCGGCCGGUGGUCCCGGCAAGGGCAUGUUUACCAGGCUGUACCUCAACGUGCUCAACAGGCACCACUGGAUGUACAAUGCGACCUCCUACCACCAUAGCUACGAGGACACGGGCCUCCUGUGUAUCCACGCCAGUGCUGACCCAAAACAGGUUCGAGAAAUGGUAGAAAUCAUCACAAAGGAAUUCAUUUUAAUGGCUGGAACCGUGGAUGGGGUGGAGCUGGAGCGAGCCAAGACGCAGCUGAUGUCCAUGCUCAUGAUGAACCUGGAGUCCAGGCCCGUGAUUUUCGAGGACGUGGGGAGGCAGGUGCUGGCCGCCCGCUCCAGAAAGCUGCCCCACGAGCUGUGCGCGCUCAUCCGUAAUGUGAGGCCGGAAGACAUCAAAAGAGUUGCUUCCAAAAUGCUGCGCGGGAAGCCUGCGGUGGCCGCCCUGGGCGAUCUGACUGACCUGCCGACUUACGAGCACAUCCAGGCCGCGCUGUUGAGCAAAGACGGGCGCCUCCCUCGGAUGUACCGGCUCUUCCGGUAGAGGCCCCCCAAGAUCCCACACAGAACAAGGGCUACAGAGAGCAGAACGUUCUAUACACGUCUUUGGAUGCGAAUUUAGUGCAAACUGUGGGAGCCUUCCCUUAACCGUGGGCAGGGUCAGGCCGCCCGAGCACAGCUCUUUUCCGAUCCUCCAGAAUUGAACGUGCCAAUGAAAGUCCACCUUCGCCUCUGCAGCUGGACACAGGUUUGAGGCACCGAGGGCAGCAAGCUGUGCUGCCAUAACCAGGCUUGCAUCUGGCCUCCCAGGAGUCUCGGCAGCGGGUGUCCCGCCAGGGUCCUGAGACUUGCUGUCCUCAAGAAGGGAAGCAUCAAACCGUCCCGUCAGAGGCCGGGGGGCCUGUGACCUCUCGAAGUGCACAGCCUGCAUAGAGGGGCACGGCCACACCUGGCUGGGGUGCCACCACUCCACUAGGAGGGGGGACAUGUUUCUUUCCUUGGUGCUGUCCUUCACCUUGAAGGGUUAGUUCAGGCUGGUCUGUGCAGCAGCCUUAGGGGGGCUUGGAAGUGGGGGUUUCAUCUAAUUGAAGGUUGGUGGCUGCAGCAGAGCCUGUGAACAGCUAAGAGGCAGGCAGAUGGAGGUGCUCUAGGGUCCACGGGUGUGUGGACAGCUCGAGAGAGCCAAGGGGCAGUGACUGGGGGUAGAAGAUAGUUGGCUUCAUGGUUCUCAGACUUAAACACCCAUGGGGCCCGGAAUGCAGGGUGGGACAGCCUCAGGGAGUGGCUGCCACAUCGCAGUGCAGUUGGGAGCGCUGUGCUGGGCGGCCCAGCCUCCACAGCGCAGAUGGGAGAGGGCAGGAUGUUUUAAGGAAGCCUAAAUAAACAUUUAGAGGUACUUCUGUUACUUAAUCCA